AUGGCAGAUGACAAAGACGUGCUGAGGGAUGUGUGGUACGGCCGCAUCCCCGCCUGCUUCACACUGCACCAGGACCAGGUCACGGAGCGAGAGGCCGAGCCAUACUAUCUGCUGUUGCCCAGAGUGAGCUACCUGACGCUGGUCACUGACAAAGUGAAGAAACAUUUCCUCAAAGUGAUGAGAGCCGAGGACGUGGAGGAGAUGUGGUUAGAGUACGAGGGAACGCCGCUGAAAUGGCAUUAUCCAAUCGGAGUCCUGUUCGACCUCCACGCCUCCAGCAGCAUCCUGCCCUGGAACAUCACUGUGCACUUUAAGGACUUUCCGGAGCGCGACCUUCUCCACUGUUCGUCCAACUCUGUGAUCGAGGCCCAUUUCAUGUCUGGGAUCAAAGAAGCCGACGCCCUCAAACACAAGAGCCAGGUGGUCAACGACAUGCAGAAGAAGGACCACAAGCAGCUGUGGAUGGGCCUGCAGAACGAUAAGUUUGACCAGUUCUGGGCCAUGAACAGGAAGCUGAUGGAGUAUUCCACCGAGGACGGCGGGUUUAGAUACAUCCCCUUCAGGAUAUACCAGACGACCGGCGAGCGUCCGUUCAUUCAGAAGCUGUUCCGGCCGCUGUCUGCAGAUGGCGCUGUCCACACUCUGGGAGACCUGCUCAGAGAGAUGUACCCGGCGGCUGUGACUCACGAAGGAGCAGAGAAGCGCCUCCAAGUGGUGAUCCACGGCAUCGAACCUCUGCUUGAGACUCCCCUGCAGUGGCUCAGCGAACACCUCAGUCACCCGGACAACUUCCUGCACAUCUGCAUCAUUCCUGUGCCCUCUGACUGA